CCGCGGAGGCCUAAGGGUGAGAGGGCAGCCAGGUUAGAGAUUGCUGGAGGCGGGGGCCCGGAGAAAGCACGUGUCCGCAUCCUUUUCUUUCUGCUCUUUAUCCCUUUAUCCUUAGGGUUGAUAGCUGCGGGGACAGCCCGGGGCCCAGUGUAUGGCCACGGAGUUACAGCGUCCGGACUCCAUGCCCUGUCACAACCGGCAAGUAAACUCUACUUCUACCCCAAGUCCCGAUCAUCUGCGAGCAGACGACCCUAUCCUGGAUCAUGCUGAAGAAAAUAAUGCUGCUAUGGCUAAGCUGACUCUCCUCCCUGGGCACGCCCAUUCCAGCGUGCUCUCGGAGCGGGACUCUCAGGCCUGCUGUGGCAUUAAUCUUCACUCUGAGAACCACAGUGACAGUAGUGACAGUGGCAACUACGACGCACCUGUCGGUGACUCCCUCCUAGGGGGCUGUGAACUGUCCCGACAGAUCGGGGCACAGCUUAAGCUGCUGCCUAUGAAUGAUCAAAUCCGGGAGCUGCAGACUAUCAUCCGGGACAAGACAGCCAGUAGAGGGGACUUCAUGUUUUCUGCGGAUCGUUUGAUCAGACUUGUUGUAGAAGAGGGACUGAAUCAGCUGCCAUAUAAAGAAUGCAUGGUGACCACGCCAACAGGGCACAAGUAUGAAGGAGUGAAAUUUGAGAAAGGAAAUUGUGGGGUCAGCAUAAUGAGGAGCGGUGAGGCAAUGGAACAAGGUUUACGUGACUGCUGUCGAUCCAUACGAAUUGGGAAGAUCCUGAUUCAGAGCGAUGAGGAGACACAAAGGGCCAAAGUGUAUUAUGCCAAGUUCCCCCCAGACAUUUAUCGCAGAAAAGUGCUUCUGAUGUAUCCAAUUCUCAGCACUGGCAAUACUGUAAUUGAAGCUGUUAAGGUUCUUAUAGAACAUGGAGUUCAACCCAGUGUUAUUAUCCUACUCAGUCUCUUCUCCACUCCCCAUGGUGCCAAAUCAAUCAUUCAAGAAUUUCCAGAGAUCACAAUUUUAACUACUGAAGUUCAUCCUGUUGCACCUACACAUUUUGGACAGAAAUACUUUGGAACAGACUAAGUUGUUAAAGGAAGAUGAAGUGCUUUGCAUAAUAUUAUGGUUGUAAAUGAAUUUCAUAUUUGUUUUUAUUAUUUUGUUUGAGAAAUAAUGGAGAAAAUACAUUAGGAAUGCCUUUUAACAUUGGAAGUAGGUGUAGUAACAAGAAAUAUAGGAAGUUUAUGUUUGAUUUGAUCAUUUCUUUGCAUGUGGUACCAAAAUCAACAGUGAAGCACACCCACAGUGCUUAGAAAGACGGAAAUUGUAAUCAUCUGCUCAUGGAACUCACUGAACCCUCACUCAGUGCAUGCAAACUGUCGAACUUGUGACCCUCUUGGUUUGGAGGUUGCUUGCAGCUGCAAAGAAACCCAAACCAGAGUUAGUUCUUUGGCCCGCUGCAGUUUACAUUUGCUUUACUGUGCUUUUAGCUCUAGGGUGUUUUUCUGUAUGUGCUGUUGUCACCCUCCGUACUCUAGACUUCCUUGUACUAUAUGCACAGGUAUCUUGGAGAAGAGAGAGCAAGAAUAUAUCCUGGAAUUUUAUAUUGCUGUUAAUGUCCUCGCUUACUUUUCAGAUUCAGGAUGUCUGGUUAACUCUUCAGAUAAACUGUUGUGUUCCUUAUAUAGAUCAUUUCCCAAACUGGGAGUUGAGGGAAGGUGCCUGCCAAACUGUAAUACAGUGAGAACGUUGGCGGGGCCUUGACAGUUUCUGGAUCUGUAACAUGGAUGAAUGUACAGGGACCGAACCAUGGAUGCCUGAUGCUGACAAGAGAGAGCUACUUCAGCCCUGCACAGGGAAUUGGGGAUUCUUUCCGAGGUGUGCAGGAAAGUAGAGGCUUUGCUGCAUUUUGUGGCCAAUAAGUAAAUCAGCACGGUUCUUUUUAAUUUAGUUGUUUCUACUAGUUGUUUUCGAUUUGGAGCUUAGUUAUUUUGCAUGUUUUACAGCUAUAGCUAUAUUAAAGUAGAGGGGGAAAACCAAUGUUCUUUAAAAAUAUAUGAGGUUUGUAUGUGCUCAUAUCUAAGCUUCUGAAAGGAAGAGAAACAAUAUUAAACUCAAUCUUUGCACUUUUGAAAUGUGCUUAUAAAACCCAUUUUACGUUGAUGUUAAAAUUUGUGACUGUGGCUUCUAGGUGAUUACUUGCAUAAUUACAUGCUCAUGGCCCCACAGACAGCUGUUGUGGGGUUCUGUUCAAAAGCAUACAAUUGAGCACAAGGUAGAUUCUUAAGAGAGAGCUAAAACUGAAAAAAAAAAUCAGUGAGGGUCAGGGAAGGAAAGCACCCUUGAGUAGAUUGACUGGAUUUUACCCUGUGAUUCUAGACUACUAGGGUUCACUGUACUUUUACUCUUGUUGUUGUUGUUGUUGUUGUUUGUUUGAGUCAAGGUUUCUCUCUGGUAGCCCUGACUGUCCUGAAACUUGCUCUGUAGACCAGGCUGGCCUUGAACUCAUAGGCCUGCUUCUGGCUCCAGAGUGCUGGGAUUAAAGGUGUGCACCACCAUGCCCAGCUACUUUAGUUUUGAAGACUAUCAUGUAAUAAGAUUAAAAUUUAUCUAACAGUUCUUCCAUGGCAUAAUGUUGCCUUCAAGUUCUUACUGAUUUUUUUUUUUUUUUAAAGACAGGUCUCACCGUAUAGCCCUGGCUGGCCUGGGAUUUUCUAUGUAGACCAGGCUGGCCUGGAACUCACAGAGAUACUCCUGCUUGUUUAGUGAUGGUAUUAAAGGUGUUCACCACCUUUCCCAGCUGCCGGUUUUAUUUCCAUUUGUUAGUUAGGUGGCCCAGGAAUGAUGUGGGUAGAAAAUUCAGCUAGGCCAGAUCUGUUGACAUUGUUCUUGCAUUGAAUCAGUUGGAAAGAUGAUGCCAGAUGUGGAAGAGCAUUCCUGUCACCCCAGCAUUGAGGAAGUUGAGGGAGGAGGAUUUUGUGUUUGAGGGUAGCCUAAGUAACUGAGCCAGAUUUUAUCUCAAUUUUUUUUUUUUUU